GCGAGCGGAGAUCGUGCGCAGGCGCCGAGGGGGGCUGCAGCGGCGGUUGGGGCGGCGGGACCCGGCGGCGACCAUGACCCAGCAAGGCGCGGCGCUGCAGAAUUACAACAACGAGCUGGUCAAGUCCCCCGGCGCCCACCGCGCCCGCUCCCUGCCCGCCCCAGGCAUCGAGGAGCUGUGCCAGAAGCGGGAGGAGCUGUGCCGGCAGAUCCAGCAGGAGGAGGAGGAGAAGCAGAGGCUGCAGAACGAGGUGAGGCAGCUGACGGAGAAGCUGGCCCGAGUCAACGAGAACCUGGCGCGUAAGAUCGCCUCUCGGAACGAGUUCGAUCGGACCAUCGCGGAGACAGAAGCCGCCUACCUCAAGAUCCUGGAGAGCUCGCAGACUCUGCUUAGUGUCCUGAAGCGAGAAGCGGGGAACCUGACAAAGGCCACAGCCUCAGAGCAGAAGAGCAGCGGAGGCAAGGAGAGCUGAUGAGGCCGCGGGUGGGGGUCCUGCCUGUGGUCAGCGCCCCCCCGCAAGCCUGUCUUCAAAGCAUCUUUGUUCUUCAGGGAAGCAGCUUUCUCCUUUUGUUGUCUUUGGUGCCAAGAGAGGCAACUGCCAAGCUCCAUUGGCUCUGGGUGACAGGAUGGCCCUGGGCGUAGCCCACCCGGUGGGGGUCUUAGUCCUGCACUCACGCAGGCUCUGGGGAGGGUAGCUCUGUGCAGGGCCCCCACACCACCCGGGCUGCAGGGAAGGCCCUGCUUCUAAACUUAGCACUGCAGGAGUCCCCACACUUCCUCCCUCAGCUGGUAGGUGCCCAGGCAAGUGGGGGAGGGGCCGGGGCCCUUCUUCACCUCAGAGCUUGCCCUGGAGGCCUGUGACUGUCAAUAAAGUUUGUUUUUGUAAAGAUC